AUGGCCCCCAAGAAACCACCCCCCAUGGUGUGGACCGAUGACCAGCUGAAGGUGCUCAACGAUGCCAAGGCGGAAUUCCGGGCUGCCGACGCAGUGAAGCGGCAAAUUGUUGCUGACAACAUUGCCAACAAACUUCAAGCGGAGAUGGAGAAGGCGGGCGGAGUACCCUUGGACAGAACUGCUAGCCAGUCUCUAUUUGUUGCUGUACGUGGUUGGCUGAACGCCAGGUGCAAAGCGAAACGAAAAGCGGAAGCCAUUUCAUGGAAGGGUGUCAAGCCGCGGAUCCUCUACAUUCGGCAUAACCGUCGGACCAUCAAAGAGAAGCAGAAAUUGCUUUUUGAAAGCGCCACUGGCGAGGCGUUUCCCUAUGCAAUUCACGACCAGACGGACGACCCUUUACCCGACUUUACGGAAGAAGAAAUCGCCAUGUUGCAGGACCACGGCAUGGAGGCUCGUCUGGAAGCACUAGACGACGACAGCAGCGAUUUGGAUGAGGAAGAUGAUGACACCAGUGACAAGACCGACGACAAGGUCAAGGUUACGCCCACAGGGAAGAGCGGCAAUGGAACCGCAGCUCAGAAGACCAGCAACCGCGUCUUUGCCUGCUUUCAACAAGCGGUCUCAGAGUUGUGGCAGAAGCUUCCGACCGCUGAAAAGGAACGGUACCGCUUACGGGCUUACCUGAAUCGCGAACAUGGGCCAACGCCAGCGGAGCAAGCUGAGAUGGCGGAGAAGGAUCUUCCGUCUUUCUUAGAGGGGGUCGCCAUCCAAGCCCAAGCAAAGUUCAACACUCGUAUUAUUUUCACCUGUGUCUAUCCCACCAAGAGUGGUGUGUUGAAGGUGUGGACGACUGAUCACGGCAGCAAUUUGGGCGGGACUAGCUUCACCCAUCAGCACCAAGGAAUCUUCGACGACUCAGGCGUAAACGCAGUGGUGACGGCCUGGGGUAGGCGGGAAUACAAUUGCGACGGCUCUGGGGAACUGCCGCCACCCUCCACCCGAAGAAACGGGGCGAACGCCCUGAUGAAGCUGCCGACUGGUCCCGAUGGUGUUCGCUUAGUCGACCCUGAGAAACCGCCGGUCGGUUCGGUCAACAAGCCCUGGCUGAUGGCUCUGAUUCGGUCGUACUUCACCCACAAAUACUUGGAAGGCUUACCCGAUGAUGAGAAACGCCGACCGAAGUGCCCCUGGUCGGACAUCCAGAAAGAUCCAGCUUCCUUUUUCGACGAUCACAUUCUUCCCCAACAAUACAUGGAGAUGCUGCAAGAGCCAUCAAGGAUGACUGUAGAGGAAUUGAAGGCGGUGUUGCAGUACUUGUACGAUCGACAAGAACAAGACCUCAAACCGUCAUUUAGGUUUGACUACUGGAAAGACGGGGACGAGUUCAAAGCCACCAAGGCAUUGGCCAAGCAGCAGGCGGGGGCGGAGGAGCGUCGGCGAUUGAAAGCAAAAGCUAAGCCCGCAAAGGGGAGUUCCACAGCCGCCGCCAAGGAUCUAGCCCCGGGUCCCGCCGUUAACGCCGCCACAAGUAGUCCAGUUCCCGGUCCCGCUGGUAAGGCCACCCCGAAUAGCCAAGCCACGGUUCCGACCUUUGGCUCCACCCCGAAUCUUCAUUCCGUGGAAACCGCCCCGCCACCCGCCAUUUUUCCCAUUGCUCCCGCCCCUUUAACCGACCCUGCCCCGGCCCACCCCAUCCCCAAGGCUGCUCCCACAUACCCCACAGGCCAGUCCGACCGUCCCACAUACCCCACUGCCCAGUCCGACCGUGAUUCUGGGGACGCCGGCCAACCAGUGGGCGACCAACUUGAGCAGCCGGCCAUAGCGCCCAAAUCGGAAGCUACCGCCCCAAUCCCCUCGCUCUCGAAGGUCAAACCAACCCCUCGACCUUACAACCGUCCCACAGGGACCGAUAGACCUAAACGAUCCGCUGCGGAACUCAUCCGUUCCCUUCAAGGUUCCUCAAAGUCAACGGAGAUUCAACCCCCGGUCACUGGUAAGCGGGCGACUGGCCCACCAUCCGUUAAACCCCAGGCUAAACGACUUAAAAUGGACGGGAUCGACUUACUCCCCCAGACCACUACCGGAGUCACUACUCGUUCUAAGGAGGCGCUUAACCAUAGAGUCACCAGGAGCAGGAAGAAACAGACCUAA